CGACGGGACCGCAAUGAAGAGAUAAAUAGAAGGCUUAUCUAUUUAUUUUAAAGUAUUAAAGGUCCCGGUCGUUGAGCAGUGAGGGGGGGCAGCCGGCCUGGACUGCUGCUGACGCGCUCGUCUGCUUGAAAGGGCUGCUGAGAACAAUAAUGGAUGAGACCUGUCAGUAGCACUUGAUGAAGAUUUGGCUUGACUCUUCAAACUGAGCUAUGGAGGGUAGUGAUGAUGUGUCUGUAACCAUGACGCAGCCCCAGGCUGAUGUGUGCGCCGCCGACGUGGGAGGAGGAGAAAUCCCCAGUAAAGCGGAGGAUGGAGUGAAUCCACCCGUUCCUGCUGAUUCCUGCGGGAGCAGCGCGACAGGACUGAGCAAAGGAGGGCUCUCGAGCCUGGUGGAGCCUCCUGCUCCCUCGGUGGUGAGUCCCACUGCUGAAUCUCCGGGAGGCGUGGCGCUUAAAGUCGCCACGACUGUGCUACACCCGGUGUGCCUGGGAGAGAGCCCGCUGAUGCUGCCCAUCCACCUGCAGAUGGCCGGAGCAGCCGGGCCUCAGCUCGGCCAAAUGGGGGCGGCGCCGUACCUGAUAACGAGCCAAAGCCCGGUUUCUCUUCCCCUGGUCUUGGAUCAGCAGGUCAUCCAGCACAUGAGUCCCUCGGUGAUUCCUCAGACCGCUAACUGCCCUCAGCUGCCGCUCCAGAACAACGUCCUGUGUCAGAACCCUCUGACGUUUGGUUUACCUCCAGCUGUGGAUCAGAAGUCGGCGGGACAGACGCAGGACGCUAACCUGCUCUCCCUCCUGCAGAACCCGGCUUUUGCAGCCAUCUUGCAGGAUCUCUUCCCCUCCCAGGCAGGCUCGUCAACCUGUCAGUCACCGGGCUCCACUUUCUUCCCACUGCCUCCCCUCACGCCUCCCUACACCUCCCCUCUUGCCCCGUUAGUCCCUCCUGCCACCCUCCUAGUCCCCUACCCUGUCAUCAUCCCCCUGCCAGUGCCUCUGCCAGUCCCUCUUCCCAUCCCCAUCCCCGUCCCUCAGACCGAGGACUCAAAGGGGAACAUGCCAAAACCUGUUUGCACUGUGAGUAAAAGCACUCAGACUUCUCCAAAAGAUACUACCUCUCCGUCGUUGUCUUCGAGCAGAUGCGUUGCAUCGUUCCAGCACCAAAACGUGUCCCCGUCUUCGCUUCCUCUGGAUGAAGGACAGGUUCUGGACCUUUCUGUCAGAGCGUGCCCAGUUGAACUAAAGCAGGAGUACCCGAGUCCGCAGCAGGACAGUGUGCUCGACUUGUCAGUGCCUGGAGUGAGGAAGAAGUGUGUUCAGUCAGACAGAGAAGUAGCUUUCCAUUCCGGCCCAGAUGCUGGUGGUACGUCUUUGUCUCUGGGGGUUGAAUGCACUCAGAGUUUGGAUUCCAAACUCCUGGGCAGCCUGGCCUCGCUGGAGUUCAGCCGGCAGCAUAAGUGGGUGGUUGACAGCAGUGCCGGUGGGUCUAGUUCUCGGAGUCAGGAGGCGUCUCUAAGUGGAGCCGGAAACCUUGAGAUAGUCAGCACCUCGCAGACGGCCAAGGUCAUCGUCUCGGUGAAGGACGCCAUUCCUGCCAUCCUCUGCGGAAAGAUAAAAAGCCUUUCGGGAGUCUCCACCAAGAACUUUUCCAUCAAACGGGACGGCAGCCAGGGGGCGUCUCUGCAGCAGUUCUACGGGGUGUCGUCGGCGGCCAAGGGGGAGCCGCACGACCCCAACAGCCAGCUCAAAAAGGUUCCCAAGAACAGGGCCAUCAAACUGAAGAAGGUGAGCUCGCAAGAGAUCCAUUUCCUUCCCAUGAAGAAGCAGAGACUCGCAGCGCUGCUACCCAGGAAGUGAAAGUCCUCGGCGGAUUAAUAGCCGGACCGCGCUCUGGUAAUCCCUCCGGAGCGAGUAACAUAUAACACAUGUGAGGACAUUCGGUAAUCAGACUCAUAAACGUCCAAUCAAAGCUCAGAGUUUGGCUCCAAAUGUUGCUUUUGAGUGAGGCUCAUGAAUGUGUGACAGUGUGACGCAGCCGCUGCAGAAAUGCUUUCCACUGGACUCUUCUGGAUUGCUGUGUUUUAUUGUAAUGCACUACUCUACAGCGUUCUGGUAAACCAGAGAUGUUUGUGUGUAUGGCAGCUUAAUGGGCUCUCCGUGUGGCUUUGGAGCUCGUCUUUAUGAACCGGAGACGUUGAAGAACAUUUUUUGACUUCAUAAUUACAGCAAAGACACAUGGGUUCCAUUUUUUCCAUUAUGGAUCAUGGUUUGUUUCCACAUGUAGUUUUUAUUUAAGUGCACUGAAGAGCUAAAAAAAACCCCUGAUAGUUGAGGUUCUCAGUGUUCAGAGCAGAGCAGGACGCACUGGCAGGACGUGACCGAGACUGUUAAAACAUGUCCCAUCAUCGGAAAUUCCCAUAGUCAUCAGUAGCUCAGCGGAGCCAUUCAUUCUCCUCUGAUUGGUAGGGAUUUAGCCUGACAGGCUAAUAAUGACUUGGCAGGGCCUGAGCCACAAUUUCAUUCUAAUGAAUGUUGGCAACGGCCGUCUGUCACGGCAAAAUAUCUUGUUAUUUGUUCAACAGCAGGGAAAAAAGAGAUUACUAGUCUUACUUGGUCAGUCCAAACACGAGGAAAGUCUUUCUGGAGAAGAGCUAUGUUUGUAGCUGGCUGAAUUAAUCCGUUUUAAUUCGGCAGUGCUUUGAAACGCGAGACAAAUCUGAGAAAACACUUCAGAGCAAGUGUAGAAAAGACCAGAACCCGCUGCUGUUUCCAUGAACACGAUGAUGAAGUGAAUCCAGGUGGAAGUGUUAAUGUUGAGCUCACCUGUUAGAUCACCUGAAAAUGUGAAGGGCAGGUACGGUGAUGGGAACAGGCAGAUUAAAGAAGAAAGGAUCAAAGGUUUUCUUGGCGUUAGUGAGAGAAAAUACUGUUUGUGUACUGAAGUGUGUUAUUAGUCUGUUAUUAGAAUGAGUAUUGAUAAGACUCCCUCCUCUCUCUAUUUAUCAAACUUGUCUGUGUAAAACAUGAGUUCCGAGUGAUUUGAUAUCAUAGAUUCUUCCUUUUUUUCCACAAACAAACACAAAACUCGGCAGGUGGGUUAUAAUUUCCACCUACUGCUCAAUCGCCACAUUGUGCUUCACCUCUAGGGGGCGCCACUAUCUCAUAAUCGGCUUCAUGGAGUCAUACAAAAGCUGAUUUGCAGUGAAUGCAUAAAGUUUUUAAGAAGUAGCCAUGGCUUGUUACAAUAGUUUUAAAUCACAUUCCAUACUACAAAAAACAAAAGCCCCCACUUCCAAUAAACCUCAAUUCAGAAGUCCAUCACUCCAUAUUGCUCAAAAUGAGGAAAAUCCAUUAACAUCUCCAGUUGAUCUCCACAAGUCUUCAUUCAAAUGCUGCUGAAACUGACAGAGACAUUCUUUGGAUACCAGACAUCCCAUGUUUUGAAUGCUCUUCAGAUUCGUCACAUGACAAAUCCACCGUGACGUUCAGUGUCUUCGUGUAAUUAGUGCCGCAAGCUCAACGUUUGAUGCUGCAGCCAAAACCAGCAGAAUGAAUUGUGAGUUUUGUUACCAACAUUUUGACCGUUGGAAGCAUUUGAGGUUAAACAGACAAAAAAUACCCCAGUUUUGCACAUGUGAUGUCAUUGCUUCAGCUUGUGACGAGGUGCGUGGAGAACCACGCCCUCCAGUGGUGCAGUGAGGAAGUCGCCUUCUCUGAGGACGCAAAGGUCCAGGGUUUGACUCCUCAGAUGGAAAAACUCCCACUUUCAUGUGCAAAUUCAUGCAUGUGCAUGUGGAGUGUUUUCAUAACCUGCCUGGACCCCGAUCAUUGUGGCUUUUUUUUAAAUUAUUGUUCUUAUUGUGGAGCAUGGUCCUUUUUUUUUCCUGUCCCAUGAUUAUGAUCAGAGUUGUGAAUGUGAGAGUAUUGUUGUGUGUCAGUUUAUUUAUCCUAUUGAGUGCACUUUGUCAUAGUUUAGUUGAAAACAUUACAGGGUGUUAUUACCUUUUCUACUAAAACUGUGUUGCCCGUUUGUGAUGAUAGCAUUUAUGAAAUCUGUGAAUCGUAGGCCAAGAACUAUUAACAGAACCGCAGACUGCCCGGACGAACAAACGAGGGAUGGAAAACACCCAGAAGCUCCACUUUUUACCACUUCUUUAUUUUUAUUGAUGUACUUCAGCUACUCGUGUCGGCAGUCCAGUCAACAUGGAGCUCUUUGGUUCAGCAGUUUGAACGGAUCACUUUGAUCGUGCAGGACUUCACCCUAAUUUAUUGUUUGUACAACGUUUAUUUAUACAGUCUGUAUAUAAACUGGACGGUCGGUCAGGAGACAAAGUGUGACUGGAUAUAAAGACAGCGUCCUUUGUGUCUCCUGAAGCACUUUUUGCUUCUGAAAGCUGUUUUAAUUAAGACGUCAGUGACGAAACACCAGAUGAGAUGUGCUGGCAGUUAAAUGUUUGCUUACUGUACAGUAUGUGUGCUUUUUAUAUGGAAGUGAACUAAAAUCUCCAAGGUCUGAAUUUGUGU